GCGAGCGUCGCUCAGUCGCUUACCGUUCGUCGGCACGAUACAAACAUUGGGUGUGUAAAAUGUCCGCGGUGCGAGCUUUUGCGUGAACUUUUCAAACUUUUUCCCCGUCUUUUUCCGCUAUUUUUCGAAGGAUAAUUUGCGCUGGGACUCUGAACUAAAUUAUUUGUGUGAUGUUGGACGAAAAUAUGGUUUGGUUGCGAGUCGUUUUGGUCAGUUUGUUAGCUGUUACUUUUACAGGAGGGGCUGAAUCAGGAAUAUCGUUACAAAUUCUACCAAAAGAGAGACCAAUUCGCAAAGAGAUUGGAAGUAGCUUUGUGUUGACCUGUAGACCUAGCAGUGCACCAGAUAUCAAAUUAGUCACCAAUCUUGAAUGGAGGGACAAAAAUGGGAGAAGGAUCGAUGUUAUUAACAGGGCUAGCCCUAUUUUUGUUCAGAAGAUGGCUAGCGAUUCAGGAUCGAUGCUCCACUUCACCAGCCUCACCGAUAACCAAGCAGGAACCUACAGCUGUCACGCCACUUACUCCAAUACCGAACAUUUAUCCGCAUCUGUGGAAGUCAGCACGUUCGUGGACAUAAGUUUUUUAGAAGCCCCUGAAAAUCAGUACCCAAUAGCAGGGAGCCAUUCCAUCAUCAAAUGCAAGGUAAAAGGUAACCCGUACCCUAUCAUCGAGUGGUACAAAAGUGAUACCAUAAUAGAUGAGAAUACGCCGAGAUACCUGCCGAAGAAUGACGGUCUCUAUAUUACCAACGUCACAGAAGAAGACGAUGGACUGUACAGGUGCACAGCCACAGUGCCUCAGACUGGGGAAUAUAAAGAACGAAAUAUCAAGGUUGAAGUUCUUGUAGCACCUAAAGUGAAACCGAUGGAGCCGGUGUCUGUUGUAGAGGGUGAAACAGCGUCUGUCAUGUGCUCAGCAACUGGAAAACCACCGCCUAUCUAUACCUGGAUUAAAUCGGAUUUGAGGAACGAUCUUUCCAAGACCGAUAGAUUUUUUGUUAAGAAUACAACAGGUGAAUUGAUAAUGAACAGAGUUGAAUUCGGCGACGACGGUUACUACAAAUGCAAAGCAGAAAACAUGGGAGGCAGAGACGAAACAACCGUCAAAAUCAACGUCUUGGUUAAACCAAGAAUCUACGAACUGCUCAACGCAACAGAUGCAGUGAGUAACCAAACCAGAUUGGUGUGCAAAGUCAAGGGCAGGCCACCACCGAGAAUUACCUUCAGAAAGCUGAGUAAUCCACAACCUUUCAGACUGGGUGCACAAGAUAAUGACCCAAGGAUUGUAUUGGAAAGGCAGUUUUUUGAAGCCGAAGGUGAAGCUUUUGGUACUCUGGUCAUAUCUAAUCUCACACGUUCAGACGAUGGUUUAUACCAAUGCAUAGCUGAAAAUACACCAGGCACCGCAUACAGAAAUGGACACAUAACAGUUUUGUUCAAACCCACAUUCAAUCGGACCAGAGAUUUGCCCCCAGUUUGGAGCUGGGAAAAUAGACCUGGAAACCUAUCGUGUUUACCAGAAGCCAUACCAAAUGCUACCGUGGUGUGGAGGUGGAACCAAAUUGAGAUUUCUGAAGAGAAUUUUAACAAUGGGAGGCUGCAAAGGAACAUAUUUGAAGUUAUCGGUAGCAGCCCGCGAUCUUUUCUCAUAGUCAAACCACAUAAUCAACCUAGUCUCUACACCAAAUAUGAGUGUAUAGCCAGGAAUCAAUUGGGCGAGGCCUCGGUCAAAGUCGAGUUGAAGCAAGCUUUCGUACCAGGUCCAAUAAAUCAGGUUAGGGCGCACAGUAUCACGGCGACGACAGUGAAAUUCUCGAUAAUGCCGCCCAGCAACUACGACGGACUCCCAAUACGGUCAUAUACUGUGCAGUACAAACCGGAGAGACAGAUUUAUUGGGAUGGGGCAUCGAUGCAUACCUGGAGUAAUGGUGCUCCAUAUAUUCUGGAGAACCUUAUACCGGAAGUGACGUACCAUUUCCGAUUUGCGGCCAGGAACGAAGUAGGAAUAGGUCCAUGGAUUAACGGAGAGACCAUCACAAUGCCCAGAAGGUCUACACCGGCGGAACCGCGAAUUUUGCUGCCAUCAUUAGUGGUCAGUGACGAGUUACCGAUAGACGAAGAAGUAGUCAGUCCUUAUUCGAAUCAUUUCGAGCUGAGAUGGAAUGUUCCAGCUGAUAAUGGUGAACCGAUAGACUAUUACGACAUUCGACACUGUGUGGUGGAUAGAUCUGAAGGCCAGUACCGCGAAAGAGACUGCACCGAACACCAGCCCCAGUCUGUUCAGUACACCACUUACCAACUAGAAUACCUAAGUCCGGACACCCUCUACCGCGUAGAGUUGCGUGCCCACAACGCGAUGGGUUACAGUACUCCUGCUCAGCUACACGUCCGUACUGCCCGAGGUGUGGGUCCAGUGUUGCCAGCUGGAGGCACCAGAAUGUCGAGUGCAAUGAUCAUUGGUCUCGUGGUGUUGGCGGUGAUCAUAAUUUUGCUCAUUGUUGAUGUGACGUGCUGUUUGGUGAACAGAACCGGGCUCAUAGCUCUGUGCUUCGAAAAGGCUAGAAGAAAGAAGGCAGAUGAGGAAGACACGAAACUUGGAAGUUACAAGGCAGCGCCUGCGCACCCCAACAGCCUCAACCUGCCGCAGCCGAUCAAACUCGCCGGAACGCCCACCACUACUGAAGAAAAGGAACCGCUGAGGCAACAUGAUGAGAAACCCUCAAGUGUUGAGUUUGAUGGAAGACAGGUGCACACUAAAAGAGGAGAAAUCAUAGGGAAACACUCAGCAGUUUAGUGUAAUAAUUGUAUAAAUUAAAAAAAAAACUAUUAUAAGACUUUAUGCGUACCAGUGUUAUGCUAUUACUAUUAUUAUGUGCCAAAAAAAUGCAUACGCCUAUUUAAUGACAAAAGAUUAAUGAAAAUAUUGUUGCUUUUUCAAAAAAUAUUGUAUCUUGGUGUACAAAAACACAAUCUAUUUGUAUGUUUUAAAUAGAGGUUACUAAACUAAGUAUUAUUGCCAAAAAUCAAUGUAUUUAAGUGUAAGAGCUUAAAUGUUUGAAAAGCUGUAUUAAAAUACUUAAAUGUCUUUAAUCAGUAUUAUAAAUGUUCUAUUAUUUAAUUAAAAAAGUUGUACUUAAGUAAAAAAACAUCAUCUAAUUAUAAUACUUUGUACUUAUUUUUUUACAAAUUUAAGUAAACUCAUACCCACUUCCGACAUAUUGUAAUGUGUUUUUAUUAGAUCACACUGUAUAUUGUUGGUACUCAAGUUCUGAAUCUAAAAUACACCUAACCAAAGUGUUUUUAUUUUGUUUAGAAAAAACUCUCUCAAUACAUGUUAGUGUCUUAAAUGUAACAUAUAGUAUUAUAAAGGUUGAUUUACUUUAUUAAAUUUGUGAAUCUAAUUUUACUGGAUUUUACUACUUAAUUUUUUUUUUAUUAUGUAUAUAUUAUAAAAAUGUAUUUUAUUUAAAACACAGUUCUCAAAACUCUAUUUAGUACUUAAAAACAAAGAAACAUAUUGACUGAAUUGUAUUUAUUUGAAUUCUCAUAGACUUUGUAUAAUCAUAUUGUUGUAAACCCCCAUACACAUUCCUGUUUAGAUUAAUACAGAGGGUGAACCAUAUAUAAUAGUAUAGCAGACUGAAACUAAAAUUAAAUAUGGCACACUCUGUAUAGUCACCUGAGUAAUAAUAACUGUGCCUAGCUUGUAUUAAAAGAAAAACAAAUAAAUAUUUGAUCGCUCAGUAGAAAAAUGAGGCUUAAA